AAUUAGUAAUAACGGGAGUCGAAAAAACUACGGCGCCUCUCUUUCUCCUUUCACCAAUUUUUAUCAGAUCCCAAAACCCUAGGGUUUCAGUCCAGAUCCGAACCCCUCCGAUCUCCAACCCCAGAUCCCGAGUCCCGAUGGUCGUCGGCGCUUCCUCCUCCGCUCGCGCCCACGGCAUCGACCGGUUCUACACUCCUCCGGCAGUUCGAAGGCAGCAGCAACAGCAACAGCAACAGCGGCAGCAAAGAGCAGCAACAGCAAAGCCCUAAGAAGGCAUCAGAAACGAAGCCUCGCGGCGGCGGGCGGCGAACUCUCCGGCGAUCGACGAGGCACGUGCGGAGUCUGAUGAUUCUUCGUCGAAGUCGGCGGUGACUUCGUCUUCCAAUUCGAAUUCGAAUUCGUCUUCGGUCCCGCUGCCGAACCCCGCCGGAAACUUGGACCGGUUUAUUGAGUCCAUUACGCCGGUGGUCCCCUCGCGGUAUCAUAGAAAGAUGAGCGUGAGGAGAUGGAGUAGAUCGGAUAAUGUGGAAUCGUGUCCGUACUUUGAUCUUGAAGAUCUUUGGGAGUCGUUUAGGGAGUGGAGUGCUUAUGGAGCUGGAGUGCCUUUGGUUUUGAAUGGCGAGGCUGCAGUCAUUCAGUAUUACGUGCCUUAUUUAUCUGGCAUUCAAUUAUAUGUGCAUUCUUCGAGACAUUCCUUAAGAUCAAGGCAAUCUGGCAAUGAAAGUGAUGAUGAAGCUUAUCAGGACACAAGCAGUGAAGCCAGUAGUAACAGUGACAGCCAUGUUGAUCAAGCAGCCAGACCUAUAUUCGAGUACCUGGCACGUGAUUUACCAUAUGGCCGAGAGCCUCUAUCUGAUAAGAUAUCAGCUCUGGCUAGUAAAUUUCCAGGGCUAAGAACAUACAAGAGCUGUGAUCUUCUCCCCUCCAGCUGGAUGUGUGUUGCUUGGUAUCCUAUAUACCGGAUACCAACAGGACACACAUUGAAGGAUUUGGAUGCUUGCUUUCUAACCUUUCACUUGUUAUCUACCCCUUCCAACAACUUGAGCAACGGGCAUUCUUUGUGCAACAGUGUCCCUAGCAGUGUUAGGUCCCAAAUGCCACAGAAGCUACCUGUUCCUGUAUUUGGACUAGCAUCAUAUAAGCUUCAGGGCUCAAUUUGGACGUGCAACGGGCAUCACGAGCAAGAGCAAGCAAACUCUCUCUUGCAGGCUGCCGCCGAUUGGCUUCAGCUUCUAAAUGUCGAUCACCCUGACUUCCAGUUCUUCUUGUCUCGGUAUAAUACAUCUUGGAGGUAACACGAGACGAAGUAUGUGUAUUUUGAAUGAGUAAUUUUGAGCUAUCCCCUUCAUGUAAUGUACAUUUCUGAGGAUAAUUUAAGAUGUAGAUAACUCCCCCCACACAAUGUGGUCUUUUUGAAAGGAAAGGUACGGAGUAGAGAGUAGCUAUGAUGGUCUUUGAUAGAAAAAUGAUCUUUAUUUCCAUGACAAAAACUCGGUAGGAUUCUUAGAUUAAGAGGGUGAGGGUUUGUAUGCCCACAAUUGAUACGGUUCUUGGGUUUCAUGUGCACAGCUAUUACACUGCAGAACCAAGUAUAAUCAGCCUCCACUUGUCUGAUUUCUUGAAGGAAGAGAACAGAUAAAGGUGUCAUCUAUCCUCAUCCUGUUAUAAUGUGAGGGGUUUUAUGUGGGUGGUUGUGAGAUUCAUGGAGAUCAAUCAGAAUUUUUAAUUUCAGAACUGUAUUUAAGUUUAGACUGAAAUGAAUGUUGCUUUAAUGAAUCGAGUGAAAAACUAAAAUGAAUGUAUGAGUUGUUUUAUGCGCAGGAAACCUGUCACUAUGGUUUUUACAGUUUGUUAAGAGUCUGUUGUGGUUUCACUC